CUCUCUGUAAACCAUCCGUCAAUGUCUCUGACUAUUCUCCUCUUGCUUUUGUAUCACCCGAAACUCCUCAAACGUCUUCAGCAAUGCUUGGUGUUACAAAGACUGUCCCGAAACUAAACUUAAGAAAGCAAAUGGCUGCUUUUCUGCGACCCAAGAAAGCAAAAUGUGGUCUUGUGAGCCAAGAAGAUAGACCUUUAUUUGCUGACAACAAUUUUGCAAGGGAAGAUAAGACUGAAACUCUCUGUAAACCAUCCGUCAAUGUCUCUGACUAUUCUCCUCUUGCUUUUGUAUCACCCGAAACUCCUCAAACGUCUUCAGCAAUGCUUGGUGUUACAAAGACUGGAAAAGAAAGGAAGCAGCACACGAGUAAUAAAAUGGAAGGAGCAGAAAACAUAUAUGAUGCUGCUGCUGCUGCUGCUGCUGCUCCUGCUCUUGGUACUGCUCUUGCUGUUGCUGCUGCUGCUGCUGCUGCUGCUCCUGCUGCUGGACUAAUUCAACAAAGAAAGACUGGAAAAACUGAUAACCACCUGUUUCCUACUACGCAGAAUGAAGAUUCUGAUAGUAAUGAUCCUGGUUUGUCUAUCAUGGAAAUAAAGAAAGAUAAAAAUGUAAAGUGGGUAUCAAAAGCAUCUGUGAUUACACCAGGCUUUGAGGAGGCCGAUUCCCUAACUGGUAGUCUACUACGAGUGAGUAAUGACAACAGUCUAAGUAAAAUGGAUCAGGAUGAAAGAAGACCUGCAAAGAAAACAUCUAAGGAAAAGAACAAGGUCAAAAAGCAAGUGAAUUCUGCGGAGCAUCUUGAUGACGAGCAUCUUGAUGACUUAACUCAGUCAUCUGAAACAGCUUCAGAGGAUUGCAAGUUGCAAUCCUCUGAUUAUAAGAGUUCCCUGUUGCUCAUUGAACUUGGAAUGGAUUGUAAAGAUUCUGUUAGCGUAUUGACAAUCCAGAAUGCAAUUCUUAAAUACAAAAGAUCAAUAGAAUUAAAAAGAAAAGACUGUGAACAACUUACAAGAAAAAUUUUACAAGUGGAAUAUAAGGUCAAUGGACUAGAACAGUUGCUAUCAGAAACAAAAGAAAUGAAAUCUCAGUUAGAGCAUCAAAAAGUGGAAUGGGAACGAGAACUCUACAGUUUAAGAUUGACCUUAAAACAAGAAAAAGAAAAAAGAAGAAGUGCUGAAAUUUUAUAUAUAAAUAUUAAGGAGCAAUUAAGAAGUAAAGAAGAGCUGAGUGAAGUUUCUCCUCCUCAUGAAAAAGAAAAAGGUCUGUUACAUGAAAACCGCAUGUUGCAAGAUGAACUUGCCAUGCUAAGACUGGAAAUAGACACAAUAAGGAAUCAGAAGCAGGAAAAGAGGUAUUGUGAAGACACUGAAACUGAAAAAGAAAAGAAUGACAGUCUUCAAAACGCCAUAAAACUGAAUGAGGUAACAUUAACAAAUACAGUAUUCCAAUCUAGUGGGCAGCUGAAUGUUGUGACAACUGAGAAUACCAUGCUGAACUCUAAAUUGCAGGAUGAAAAGCUAAACAGAGAAAGACUGGAAGCAAAACUUCAAUCAUACCGAGCUAGAGCUCGCUACAGCUAUACAGGAUCGUGAUCAAAGUCAGGCAUCAAAAAGAGACCUAGAACUUGCUUUCCAGAGAGCAAAAGAUGAGUGGUGUCAUUUACAGGACAAAAUGAACUUUGAGAUGUCUAACCUAAAAGAUAACAAUGAGGUGCUUUCUCAGCAACUUUCUGAAGUCGAAAGUAAA